AUGGGGGAGCUCCGCGCCUUGCUGACUUUUUCUCCUGUGCAGCUAGUUAUGGCGGUGGCCUCAUUCUUGGCCGGUGCUCUUCCCUUGUCAAUGACCUUGUCGCAAUCUCAACUGCGCCUAAUCUCGAGCAUCGGCGUCGGCAUACUAGUCGGCACAUCCCUUAUCGUGAUCAUUCCGGAAGGCAUUGAAGCCAUUGCGACUACGACGUCCUCCUCACAUAGCCACAGUCAAAGGCACUAUCACAGGUCUUUGCGCCCUUCCAUUCGGUGGGCCGUUGAUACAGCCGCUUCAGUCGGGUGGGAAGAUGCGGCACCCGUGCAAAGGGCAGAAGGAUCAAACCGUCCCACCACUGACGUCUUUUCCGAGCUAUUGGGGACUGUAUCUGUUCCCAUACCAGUUCAGAAACGCGAUGUGAAGAGGGAUGAGGCCAAGGACGACAAACAAUCGCCAGAAGCUACACCAAAACAGCCAGAGUCUGCGCCGCACGACGAGCACGGGCAAGGGAACGAAAAGACCCUACCCACCUUCUUCAUUGGCUUUUCCAUGACUUUGGGGUUUGUCUUGAUGUUCCUGAUUGACAGGCUACCUCGACAUGCCACAGACAGGUUUCAGUCCGCGCCAGCAACACGGCAUAUCAGCCUCGACAACCUUGCAUCCUCGAGCGUCUCGGGGGAGGAAGAAUCGGAAGGUUUCCUCGAGUCUCUCGCCCCAAGUCCGAGGCAGAGUAGGGGGUUGGCCACAACCAUUGGUCUCGUGAUACAUGCAGCUGCCGAUGGAAUCGCGAUGGGCGCAUCGGCGACUACAUCUGAUAUGAAGCUCGGGCUAAUCAUCUUCGUCGCAAUCAUGAUACAUAAAGCACCAGCAGCUUUCGGCCUGACAUCUAUCCUACUAAAACAAGGCCUGUCAAAACGCGCCGCCCGCGGCCACCUCAUCGUCUUUAGUUUGGCUGCUCCAUUCGGAGCCCUAGCUACAUACAUUCUUGUAUCUCUCCUCGGCGGCGGGAAGAUGGAGGGUGAGAGCGGGCAGUGGUGGACAGGGAUGCUCUUACUGUUUUCGGCUGGCACGUUUCUUUAUGUGGCCAUGCACGCCAUGCAGGAGGACGGCCAUUCAUACGGUGGCGAGCACCAACCCGGGGCCAAUGGAUAUGCAGAUGGCAGCCAUACGGCCCAGAGGAAACAAGCUCGGCCAGAGAUGAGAGACACAGUGGCCACGGUCGUGGGAAUGUUACUGCCUCUUUUGACGCAGUUCGGCCACCACCACUGA